UGGAAGAUUCUAAUAAGAUGAAAACUGGAAGAAGAAGAUGUAGAUCAAAAACAUGAUCGAGAUGAGUCGAUUAAAACCUGUGCGUUCGUAUGAGGUCCCUUAGACGAUGUGCAUCAAUGAAAGAGCAAACAGCGUCUACUUCUUACGAAGAUGGAGUAUUGGAUGGCGAGCAACGGGACCGGUCACAAUGGUAGAGAGGAGACAAUCCAGGAGGUCCUCAGGGAUCCAGGAUCGGCGGUCCUCUUCGUCGGAUAUCCGCGAUGGCUACUACACUUCGCUGCCGCCUGCUGCAUACUGUUCAUGCUCAUUGGCAUUCCGGGAAAUCUGCUCACCAUCAUCGCCCUUUUCCGCACUAGAAAGAUAAGAAACGCCACUGCAAUCUUUAUUAUGAAUCUCUCGGUGUCAGAUUUAUUGUUCUGUUGCUUCAAUCUUCCACUUGCUACAUCAACCUUCUGGCAUAGUUCUUGGCAUCAUGGAGCACUUCUAUGUCGGCUGUUUCCUUUAUUAAGAUAUGGCUUGGUAGCAGUCAGCCUUUUCACGAUACUGGCGAUUACAAUUAACCGUUAUGUUAUGAUAGGACAUCCCAGACUUUAUCCUAGGCUAUACAAAUCAAAAUACUUAAUACCAAUGAUUUUGAGUACGUGGAUCAUCGCUUUUGGUGUUCUCAUUGUUACGUGGUUUGGAAAUUGGGGUCGUUUUGGACUAGAUGUUGCGAUUGGUUCUUGUUCGAUCCUUCCAGACGUACAUAAUAGAAGUCCAAAGGAAUUCCUUUUUGUCGUAGCCUUUUUAAUACCUUGCAUCGCAAUCGUUGUUUGCUAUGCAAGAAUUUUUUAUAUCGUUCGGAGAACAACCUCUAAAAGUAGAAAACGCAACGCAAAUGCUACUACUGACGCUAUUGAAGCCAUUCAUGAUAGACGAUCUAUAUCACCCAACAAUCAAGAAGAAGAAUUAUCAGUCUUGGGCUCCAGCUGUGCACCAAGUGUUUUAUGUGCAAACUUUUCCUCGAGACGCACCAUAACCCCACCAAAUUAUUUCAAGUGCUCAUGUACGCCGUCAAGAUCGGCGAUCGACGAAUCACUAUCGGAGCAAUCUUCGUCGGAACAAAGCUCAGCAAAGGAAGAAGAAGAGGAUGAAGAAUAUGAUGAAGAUAAAGAAAAAAUGCAACGGAUAAAGACAAAAAAUUGGAAGAAGUACGACAAAAAACAUAUUAACCAAUCCGAUCACGAAAUAUCGAUUCAAAGAAUCGUCGAAAUCUGCGAUAAAGAGAGGCCCAGUUUAGAAAUAAAAAUAGACGAUAUACCGUAUGUGGAUGAUCUAGAUACGGCGGAAACCGUUUUCUCAAACGACCGGAUUAAGAUCAAAGAAUCGACCGACAAAGCUUCCGCGAAUGCUCGAAAUAAGCUGGAGAGAAUGGCCAGCCGAGCUUCGUUCAUCAUCGAGUCGGCUCUCUGGGUACAAAGAUUAAACUCGAAGACGUCAACGGGUAGCGAUCGAUUGGAUAGUUCGAGAUCAAACACGCCUGAUCGAUCAACGAAAAGAAAGCCCACUGUAGUUCGUAGAGAAUCGAAGAUUAAGCACGUUAGAAAGUGUAGGAAUCAGGAUAGCCCACCAAGGAUGAGUAAUAAGGAUAAAAAGCUACUGAAAAUGAUUCUGGUGAUAUUUUCAUCGUUUCUUAUUUGUUACUUACCAAUCACAGUUACAAAGACUUUCAAGGAUGCCAUUGAUUGGAGGGGCCUGAAUAUCGCGGGAUACAUCUUAAUUUAUUUAACUACUUGUAUAAACCCUGUGGUAUAUGUGGUGAUGAGUUCAGAGUACAGAAGUGCUUAUAAGAACUUGUUGCUUUGUAGAAACGAUUCUGGAGUGAACAAUACAGUAAGAAAACUACCGGAAUGA